AAGUUUCUAAAGUUGAGAAAUACUUGCAUGGUUAAUUGGAAGUGCUCUGGAGCAAAAGGAUUGCAAGCACCCACUUCCGUGCCUGGGGCGCCCAGGGAUGCUGCACACUGCCUGGACCCCGAACUCUGUCCAGUCGGGAAGUGGGGAAAGGUGUCCCUUUGCUCCUACCAGGUAUGCCACUUGGAUGCAGCAGUAGACAAGCCCUUAGGAUGUUCUCCCUGAAUUCAGUUUUCAUCUUGGCACUGGAAGGCAGCCUUUGGGUUAUUCUCCUGAUUUGUCCCCUGUCCUGAAAAGGAUGCUGGCUGUGGGGUUCCCUCUCCUGCGGCCUGUCCUUGGGAACCCAGCACCGCCCUCCUUGGGAGCCAGGGGCCCUAGCAGCCCAGUGAGUGGCAGCCUCUCCUCCUCUCGCCGAUCAGCUGAGCCUUCUGCCCCUUCACCUGGGCAGAACUGUCUUUCCAUGCUGUGUCCGUUUGGCCUACAGGUGAAAAUAAUGACUGAGAAGGAGCUUCUGGCAGUUGCCUGCGAGCAGUUUUUGGGGAAGAAUGUGCAGGACAUCAAGAACGUGGUCCUACAGACGUUGGAGGGGCACCUUCGGUCCAUCCUAGGGACUCUGACGGUCGAACAGAUUUAUCAGGACCGAGACCAGUUUGCGAAGCUAGUGCGAGAGGUGGCAGCGCCGGACGUGGGCAGGAUGGGGAUUGAGAUCCUCAGCUUCACUAUCAAGGAUGUCUACGACAAAGUCAACUACCUGAGCUCCCUGGGAAAAACCCAGACCGCUGUUGUCCAGCGAGAUGCUGAUAUAGGCGUGGCCGAGGCAGAGCGAGAUGCCGGCAUCCGGGAGGCCGAGUGCAAGAAAGAGAUGCUUGACGUGAAGUUCAUGGCGGACACCAAGGUGGCGGAUUCCAGGCGGGCCUUUGAGAUGCAGAAGGCGGCCUUCAGCCAAGAGAUCAACAUGAAGUCUGCCGAGGCUCAGCUGGCCUACGAGCUCCAGGGCGCCAAGGAGCAGCAGAAGAUCCGCCAAGAGGAGAUCGAGAUCGAGGUGGUGCAGCGCAGGAGGCAGAUCGAUGUGGAGGAGAAGGAGAUCGUCCGCACGGACAAGGAGCUCAUCGCCACCGUGAGGCUGCCCGCAGAGGCCGAGGCGCACCGCAUGCAGGAGAUCGCCGAGGGAGAAAAGGUGAAGCAGGUGCUGAUCGCCCAUGCCGAAGGAGAGAAGAUUCGCAAGAUCGGCGAGGCGGAGGCCCUGGUGAUCAAGGCCAUCGGCAAGGCGGAGGCCGAGAAGAUGAAACUCAAGGCAGAGGCCUACCAGCAGUAUGGGGAGGCGGCCAAGAUGGCGUUGGUGCUGGACGCUCUGCCCCAUAUCGCCGCCAAGGUCUCGGCCCCUCUGUCCAAGGUGGACGAAAUUGUCAUUCUCAGCGGAGAGAACAACAAAAUGACAUCAGACGUGAACCGGCUCUUGGCUGAGAUCCCGGCGUCUGUGCACGCCCUCACCGGAGUCGAUCUCUCCAAGAUCCCUCUGAUCCAGAAGGCAACCGGAGUGCAGGCCUGAGUCGCCGGCUGAGGACGCGCACCCCUCCCCACUAUGCACUCCCCACCGACGGCCUUGUCUUUCAGCAGGGGAGGUGGGGGAGCCCCUCUCGGGUGCCUUAAUCGUGGGAGGAUCAGGACGGAGCACGGCCACUGGUCCUUGCAUUUCUAAGAGAAGUUCUUUCCUGUUUUGUAUCUCUGCUCUGUGUCGUGCUAGCCAACACGUCCCACCCCGUGCCUCGCAGAUUUUGUGCCUUGACUGCCUGCACCCGCCGCCC